AUGGUCGAGCUGAAAAACCAACACCCUAACGUACACGCUUGUAUGGCACUUAGCGAUGGUGCGACUCGUUACCUUGACGUUUAUGUUACUAGAUAUAACGACAUAAGCAACAUUUCUCGUAAAGGUAUCAAUUUUAGUGAAGCCAAGCUCCAAGUACUACCUUGUAAAGCGAUUACGGACCAAUCACAGGUCAUUACUCUAAAACUCACUCACCUACCUAUGCUUACCUCUAAGGAGGUGCUCAGUGGACUUAAUACGAGCUUGGCAAUUUUUGGAAAUAUUUUGGAUAUUGGAAUCACCACUGAACAGGCAACGGGUCUCUUUAUGGGUAGCUGUUAUGCGGUACUUGACAUCUAUCAACCAGACAAUACUCCCACUUCCAAGAAAUUCCAAAAACUCAGUCAUCAGAUUAGUUGGAUGGAAUCGAACACUGAAGUAUUUAGAGCCACUUGGAACAACAUGUCAAUGUGGUGCAGAUAUUGUCACCAGGAUGACCACACGAAAUUUACUUACCGAGGUACCAAGAAUUCUUGA